AGGGGCACUUACCUUGUUCUCUCAUUUGAAAUCAAAAGCAAGUCCCAUGAGCAUGCAGACGCUGACCCUCUUUCGCAUUCCCCACCCAAUUUCCAAAAACGCCGUCGUUCCCCGCUACGCCAUGUCUCGUUCCUCCGAAACCUCCUUUCCCACUCUCACCACUACUUCUAUCUCAUUCUUUCAGCUCCAAGAUAAGAACGCUGACUUGUCGUUGAAGAUUGAAGAAGGCUUUGGACCCAAUGGAUUGGGGAUUCUAUCCGUAACUGAUGUCCCGGGAUACCCUUCACUGCGCAGAAAUCUAUUGCAACUUGCACCAAGAUUAGCAAAACUUCCCAAAGAAGUAAGGGAGGAUCUUGAAGAUCCUAACAGUAGGUACAAUUUUGGUUGGAGUCAUGGGAAAGAGAAACUUGAGUCAGGGAAGCCAGAUAUAUUAAAGGGAUCUUUCUAUGCCAAUCCCAUACUUGAUACACCUACAACAGAGGCUUCUUUGAUACAAAGGUAUCCAUCAUAUUGUGGAUCAAAUAUAUGGCCUAGGAACACUUUACCGGAACUUGAAGUGGCUUUCAAAGCACUUGGCAUGCUGAUAUUUGAGGUUGGAUUGAUGUUGGCUUAUCACUGUGAUCAAUAUGUAUCGAGAGGGAUGAGAACUCGUGAGGAUGAAGGUCUGGAAUCAAUACUUCGUCGCUCCCGCUGUCACAAAGGACGUUUGCUAUAUUAUUUUCCUUCCCAACUAGGAGAUCCAGAUGGUAACACUUUGUCAUCUUGGUGUGGAUGGCAUACUGACCAUGGUUCACUGACAGGUCUAACUUGUGGUAUGUUUACGAAAGAUGGUGUAGAAAUGUCUUGCCCUGAUAGUGCUGCUGGCCUCUAUAUUCGAACAAGAAGUGAUCAAAUUGUCAAAGUUGUCUUUGGAGAAGAUGAUAUAGCAUACCAAAUUGGUGAAACCACUGAAAUACUUUCUGGAAGUUAUCUUUGUGCAACACCUCAUUGUGUUCAGGCUCCCAAGGGGGAGAAGUCUUCUGGUAUUGAGCGCUCGACAUUUGCAUUAUUCAUGCAACCGAACUGGGAUGAAAAACUCAAUUUCCCCGAGGAAGUUCCCAUUCAUAAAGAGCUUAUUCCAUCAAAUUCUGCCCUUACUUUUGGAGAGUAUUCAGAGAUGCUGCUGGACAAAUAUUAUCACCAAAAACAGACCUAGGGUCGAUCACUCGUUACUUCUCAGCAAACAGGUAUAACUGGUUGAAGAGACUUGGCCUGUUAAUUCAUGGGACUCGAAUAAUAUUGUGUAGAUGUGUAGUCGCUAUUAGAUAGUAGCAAAAGAAAAUAAUAGCUGGUUGACUUGUUAUUUACAUGCCAACAAGUAUAACUAGUUGUGUGAAGAAUUAACCUGUUACUAAAUCACGGGACUGAUAAAAUUGUGUAAAUAGUAAGUGUGCAAUCACUAUUGGAUAAUAGCAAAAGAAAAGGGAAAUUAUUAUAAACUACAUAGAAUGAAAGCUACUAUUGAA